UUAUGGCGGCUCUUUCGAGGUGUACGGUGAGAAGCUUGAAGACAAAACGUUGCUUGAUCUCGAGUUUAGGAGGUUCACAUUUACCAAAACGCUCUCGAGAGGUUACGUUAGUGCUAUCCCUGGGAAGCCUACAAGUGGCACAAAGGACAUAUUGUAGCCCCGUUAAGGAAACGUCUGAGGAAGAUUUAAAAAACAGACCAAUACGUUUUUCUACCUCGAGAGCACGGAGUAUGACAGUUGGUCAAACGCUGGGAGAAAGAAAAAAGAGCACAUCUAUGGUCACGGUCUAUAUGGUCUGGAAAGGAAGUCAUUAUUAACCCUUACCAGACUUGAAAUGUUGCUAUGGAUCAUGUAAGCCAGCAGGACGUUUGAGAAUUUAUAUAAUUUGGAACAAUAGACAAAUUUGAAAUUUGUUGUUUAAGGAAGAAGUUUUCUUGUCUCUCACAACUGAUGUAAUUAAUACAUUUUGUGGUUAGCCAGUGUUGAGGAUUUAGUUUUACAUUUGUGUGCCACUUCUAGGUGAUGGUUGUCUGAAUUUUCUCUAUCUGUGUUGAUCAGCUAAAGAAAGGCUUACUGAAAGAAACCAAACACACCUGAGUGGGCUGGAUGGUUCAAGCUCAGAUUUCAUAGUGAUUAAAAAUGUGCUAUCAAACCUGGUUUAACCCUGAAACUUCCAGAAGUGUUUAACAUGUAACUUCUCCCCUUAAUAUCCUUACAUUAUCCUACAGAUAGGUUAUGAGAAUACUCACACUUAUCAGGUAGAAGUUGUUUUCUUGAUCUAACAACAAAUUCUCGCAACUAAUCUACAAGAAAUGUGCAGUGGCUAGAGAGGAGAAUGAAAUAUCAGAUCUUGAGACUUGUAGGGUUAACUCACCAAGAAAAUAAUAAUAUUCCACUCCUAAUUUAAUAAAAUAACAAAGCGGUAUAGUUACUAAAGUUAAAUUUUUACUGAAAGGACUUAAAACUUUGCAUUCCCACUCUUGUAAAAUUGUUAACAGUACAUCAAAUAUGAUUUUCUGAUGAACUGUAGACAAUCCUAUUUGAAACCCUAGGCUCUAAUUUUGUCUUUUAUAAUUUGUUCUUCAGAUGAAUUUGAAAACAUUGUUCUAGCAUUGUUCUUUCAGUUAUAAGAUUGUUUUCCAGAACACAAUUAUGUAUGCAGAACAGAAACAUCUUAAAAGAUAUUACUGAACCCUUUCGCUACCAGAAGCAAUUAACUUAUAACUUCUCCCAAAAUUCUUAACAUGUUAGCAAUUAAACAGGUAAAGAGAAUGCUCAAACUUAUCGGGUAGAGGUUGUUGUCUUGAUCUGACCUCAAAUUCCUGUAACUAAUUUGCAAGGAAAUGUGUAGCAGGUAGAGGGAAGAAUUAACAAGCAGAUUGUGGGAGGGUAAAUUGAGGUGAAGAUGUUACUGUAAUUGAUUGGAUAACUUUUCCUUUUGCAAGCUAGGUUGAGUCAGAAAAAAGCGGAAGCAAAUCAAUAAGACACACAAAAAAAAUGAGUGAUUAAAUGAAGAAUGAACAAAGUUAUUUGACGCAUUAAGAUGUCAGUGUUAAGCAUGGCAGUUUAUUUGGAGGCAACCUCCUAGAUUUGGGUUAUUUCACAAGGAUUUACAACAGGAGCCAAAAUGAAACUGAUGGGUAGUGCUGGAUUUUUACUGAAUGCAGGGUCUGAAUUAAAAUGUGUAACGAGAUUAGAAUUUACUGCUAAUAACAACAAUUGACUUUUUUGUACACAACUCAAUUAUGUAUGAAUAUUUUAAUCAUCCUCUGAUGACAGUGUGUGUUGCAAUUUUGAAUUACAUGUUUAAUGCUCAA